UCUCUUAUUGAUGCACACAGAAGAAAUUUAACAGAAGGAGUCAAUCCAAGCUAAACCUAAGUGCAUUGGAAAUUAAUUAAAUUGUGUAAAAAGUGGGCGUAUUCUUUAAUAUACACACACGCACGCACACAUACAGUCGUAAAAAUACGCAGGAUAAUGAUCAUAAUGUCUCAGCAAAGAAAAUUACACUUAGUAAUCGGUAAUUUAUAUUCAGAUAGAUGUAUAUUCAAGAUGUCUGCAGAAUUGUGGGUUAAAUUGCUUACAUUUUCUGUGUAUUUUUCCUGAGACGCAAAUUAUAUAUUUUUUUAUUAUCUUGUUUUUACUGUUACUGUGGAAAUAUUGUUGCUUCUUACUUUUUUGUUUACUUGAGAAAUGCAUUUUGAUGAUCUGCGAUAUGACGAAUGUGAAUGCAGCACGUCGAAUUUCAUAAAGUAUAGGCUAUGAUAAAAGUCUAGUCUGGCGUUGGUCAAAACUUUAAAAGGAAUUCUUGUGAAUUUUUAUGAAAAAUAGAAAGCGGACAAUAUAUCCGUAUAGUUGUUAUUCUACGAACUAAUGAUAUACUGAAUAAAAGCAAUACUCCAGUGGAGUAAUACCUUGUCAGGAAAUAAAGUUUCUUUAAUGUUAAGUAACUCCACAUUAAAGAUUAAAGAUUCAUUUUCUGUAAAAGUAAUGACGGCUUUAGUUCGGCAGUUGGCCAAGAUAGGAACGAGCAAUCCAGCACGUCGCCUACUUCCUGUAUCUAAACCCAUGUGCCGCAUUGUGCGCUGCAGUCCUGCAAACUCCUUUUACAACAAAAUGCACGGACCCCGAGCAUCCACGCGCCUGCUGAGGUCCUGUCAUCAGGGAAUCACAUACAUUGAUGUCCACACGUCUAAGAAACUGCACCCGUGAAUACUAUAUACUGUAUGAUGUAAGAGGAGUAUCCUCUCCAUCGCUCGUGAUGUCAUGUGCACUUGCUUUAGCUCUAAGAAGAUUGGUUCAGAAAUCCGCAGUGUCACAGGCACGACGACAGCAGCCACCAUUCCGGUGUGCAAAUUCAGGCACCUGACGGCUGCUCUCACGACUACGCUCCUUCUAGGCUCUUGUACUGUUAUAUGGAAAACCUAGCAGCGCACUCAGUUGUUGUAAUGUUGCCUCCUAACAGUUGCAUCCCCAGGAAUUACAGCUGUAUGGCUGGUUUAUUCGGAAGCCUGGCAGCGGCAAGCCACAGGAAAGAGGACGGGGAAGAAGACAGCGAGCCUGCCAGUGAAACCCCCGAAGAUCAGGUCGUCGACGAGAGACCGAGAGGCAGGGAAUGUUUCCUGAAACCUCCGCAAAGUCCGACGCUGCGAAGAAGAUGCAAAUCGCUGCCGACCCCGGUGGAGAGAGCCCGGCUGGAGAUUGCGCGGAGUCGCAGCCCGACCAGCCAGAAAAAGGUGCGAUUCGCGGAUUCCCUGGGUCUGGAACUGACUUCAGUGAAGCAUUUUUGCGAUGCAGAUAUGCCGGAGGUUCCGCAGAGGAUCCUCGACAAAUUCAAACGGGGAAAUGCCAUGCACUUAAACAACUUCCCCAAAAUAACCAACCAGCCGGCUUGCAUGGAAACCCAGUUUGUCAACCCCGGUCAGUUACCGGGAUUCAUGGAGAAAGUGCAAGAAGUCAAAGUGUUGCUGGAAUCUGUGGAGACUGACGAGUUCAGCAUGUCAGGCGUAGUGCGCGUUUUGAACCUGGCUUUCGAGAAGAGCGUCCUGCUGCGAUAUACCCUCAAUAACUGGUUAACGUUUUUCGACGUGCAGGCGUCCUACGUUCCCCGGUCCAGCGAUGGGGCGACGGAUAAGUUUUCCUUCAAAAUAAUCACGCCCGCGUUUUUGGAGACCGGAGGCACCCUUCAGUUUGCCAUCAAGUACACCGUUGGUGGCAAUGAGUUCUGGGACAACAAUAAGGGCAAUAAUUAUAAAGUGCGUCGGCACAGGUUUAAAAUUUCUCCGCCCAGAGAAUGGGAGAACGGCUGGAUUCAUUUUAUAUAGCGUUCGUCGUAAGGGGCAUAACGAGUGCAUUAACAAGGCAUAUUUUAAUAAUACAGUUGAUGGUCCGGCUGUGAGCCGGAAAAAGCAAUUCACCUGUUAGAGACCCAAAGUCGGGAUGUCCGUGUUUUAUUUAUGCUUUGUUUUAUGUUCCUCUAUAUCUCAGAAACCCCGGUGAUGGACAGAGGAAGUCUACUUCCACGCAUGUUGCCCAAUGGUUUAAUGGUUCAAGCUUUUGCAUCGAUCAAAUGCUUUCCGCCAAGAGCAAGGCAUUACAGUACGUAGCAUAUUUAGGAUGAGACGUCCCCAUGGUACAUAAGACGACCUUUUUCAUUUUUUUUUUAAAUCUCCAUCCACUUAACGACUGUCCUUUCGAGUCAGGUCCAUGUAACGUUAAAUUGUGUCUGCAUUUUCUUAUCGUGGUUAUUUGGUCGUUGGUUGUCUGUCUAUCCGUACCCCUGAAAUAGGCAGUUCCAUAUUCAUUUGAUUAUGGCCAAUGGACAGGAAUUUACUUUACUCUCGCCUUACCGGGAAACCGACUUUAACCCAAAAUAACACAAUUUAGCAGUGUAAAAGAACUUGAAUUUACGUAUUUUACUUUAAACACAAUUUUUUUACCUGUUUUUAUUUGCAGAUGGGUUAUUUUUAACUGAAUCCGCAGAUUUCCUAAUUAUGGAUGUGUCGCUCUUGUUUUAUCGUGUAGGUUCGAGAGAAGUGAUGUUUUUUUUUCGCUCUCAAACUGUGACCUUGUGAGCUGACACCGUCAAUUUAAAAUGGCUGCAAAACACUGUGAAAGUAAUUUACCUCUACAGAACUGUCCACUGUACAACCGUUACAUGAUCUGUUUUAUGGCAAAGUGUAAUGCAAAUUCUUCGCUUCAAUGUAAUGUUUAGAUUGAAUAUCUAAAUAAGAAGUUGACCAAAACGGAAUUACAGAAUUUGAUUUUUAGUAAAUGUCCUCAAAUAUGCCUAAAGUGUCGGGAAUUGUCAUUAGUAAUAUAUAGUAAUAAAUUUAUCAGCAAUUAUGCUUAUAAUUAACUGUGGUGUGGAACCAUGAAGGACCAGUUCAGGUAGCAACUUGGUAUUCCUUAUUGAAUGUCGGUUUAAUGGUGUGUUUAACGUGCAAUGAAAUAUUUUAGCUUUAACUGUGUUCUCUAGAAGGGUGUAUUAAAAGUAGCGUCGUUAGCCUGUAUUAUAUCGAAUUAGAAGGGAAAUGGGCUUCUGUGUGGAGUCUGAUUAUAACUUUUUUAUUUCUUGGAAUAUUUUUACCUCAUACAAAUCAAAGGCAUUUAUAGUAUGAACUUAAUAUAGUUCCAGUAAAACAAGAUGAUAUAUUUAUUUAGGUUUGUUAUAUGUUUAAUGAGUGUAAAUAUUUUUACAAGAUCCAACAAAAUCAGUAUAUACUAGCCAUAACUGAGACUUUAGCUGCUAUUCCAGAACAAAAAUAUUUUAAUUAUAAAAAAUAUAUAUAUAUUGUGGAUUCAUCCUUUGUUGUCCUUCUGACACCGUCUCCCUCUAGCCCUAAUAUUAGAUAUUAAAUAAUUGUAAAUACUUCCUAUUUUGUGCAGUUACAUAUAUUUUAAUUGUACAAAGGAUAUAGGGCCCCUUAAACUGUCUCCACAGCUGAAAAUAUGUAUAUUUAUGACAAGUGCUUGCUAUUUUUGCAUUAGCAAUGGUGUAUCACUGUACUUAUAUCUCUCCGAUAGACAUUGCAAGUCCUACUCAGGAAAUGACCCAGUUCUCUAAAAGCCUUUCUCUCUGUCUAGAUGGGCACAAUUAGCAUAAGAAUGAUGUGUACUACUGGUAAUUCUGAAGGUGUCGCUAGAAGUGAAACUCUUUGGGAAGAGAGUAUUGGAUACUGUUAAAAUACAGAGAAGUCGUUUCUAGGUGGGUUUCUGAACUUUUAACUAAGAUGUAAGUUCCGCCAACUCUUAAAUAGCAGCUUCAGAUAGGGCAGUAAUCUUGUGAUUGUACAUAUAUUCAAGAAGUAUGCUGAAGUUUCUCUUGGGUGGUAAAUAUUUUUUUGAAGCUUCUCAUAAUAUAUAUUUUUUUUUGCUCAGUUUGGCUUGUAAUUGUUUUAGAUGCUGGGAAUAUUUUGGCUUUGAAUACGAAAAGUAUAAACAGUAGUUCUAAUAAUAUAAAGUUAGUGUAAGUUGUCCUUAUUUGUUCUGAAUGUGGACAUUGUCUUGUAAACAAGGCCAGCUGCUAACAUUUUUACUCGAUUUCUUGUUAUUGCAGUUAACAUUAAUAAGAUUGUCUGUCAUCAUGGCCUUAAAGUUACAUCUUUCUUGAGUGGUUGAAUGCAGACCGUCCUUUUCUAGGUUUACGUCUCCCUACUUUUCCACUAUUUCCCACUUAUUCAGCCUUUGUACAAAGUCAGGAAAAGUUUCACCUGUGAGAUGUAGAAAAAAUAAUUUAAUUGCUACAGGAACUGAUUGCAUUUUGCCAUGAACCAAAGGCUUUAAAUCAUGAAUUAUUCUCAUUUAUUUUGCUGCAUUUGAUUUUGCUUUACAGUCAGACUGGUUAAGCAUAUCAGCAUCUUUCCUCGUUGUAAUGGUCAUUUGUUUUCACCUAAAGAGAAUUUUUCAGCAUGACUGCUGCUAACUGUUGUUGUCUUUAAUGCUAAGGCUGAUCUGUGCAACAUAUAAAAGCUGUUUCAUCACUAAUAUGUGGGACCCAUUACCGAUAAUCAGCUACUGAAACAUUUGUUUAGUACAGUUGCAUAAUAGUUACGUUGCAGAAAUGGUUCUCGAUCGAGGAAGCAUGUUGUUAUCUGCCUUUCCAGCAUCUGCAAGGCUCAUUAGCUUAUUGUGUUUAGAGCUGAUGUGUCAGGUUACAGUUACAAUGUUAGUUGGAUGCUCUUUUGCUGUUUGUUCUCACCAGCGUUGCCACAGAUCAGCAGAUUUAAAUGAAUAAAUAGUGCACAUCACUUCCUUAGGUCCGCUCUCAGGCCUCCUCCAUGAUGGUUUCAGGUCUUUGGGUCACCAUUGUGGACAGCAGGUGGAAACUGCUCACGCCACAUGUGGCAAUGGAGCAUAGUGAGGCACGGAGGGAGAAGGUGUGCCGGCUGUGUCGGCUGUGCCGGCUGAGGGCUGCACCUGAGCUGCAGACGCAUUUUCCCACAUAGUGCACUUUUAGGAAAACUAUUCAGGCACUCAGUGUCCACACCUCCUUACAGUGUCCACACCUCCUUACAGUGUCCACACCUCCUUACAGUGUCCACACCUCCUUACUUGACACCUUUGCUGCCACUCUUCUGUGAAUAGUUUCCAGUUAACGUACCAGUUUUCUGUCACAGAGUCUGCUGUCUAGUAUGUAUGACAUUAUGUCACUAACAGCAUAAGGUAAAUCUAUAUAUUUUUUUAAUCUAUGCAAUGCAUCCGAUGUGUAGCACAGCUUAUGUCUUUGUCUUUGUGUUGAAAUGUUGUGUCUGAAUGUUGAUUAUGGUAUUUCAGCUGUUUGCAUGUACAGCUGAAUUUUGUUUGUUUUUUUUGUAUGGUGAAUUUGUAAUGUUGCCUACAUUUUGUUAAUACUUGUAUUAAAGGCAUUUCUGAUGGAAA